AUGGAGAGCCCAAACCUCAACGAGAUUCAUGACUUUCUAGUCUCAUUAGCCUUCAAGGCCGGGGAUAUCAUCAACAAUGCACUCCCAGGAACUAACGACACAGGGUCCAAGAUGAACAGUACGGACCUCGUCACGGAAUACGACCGUGCCGUCGAAAACAUGAUCUCAACCUCUCUGAGGGAGAAAUACCCGCAUUACGAAUUCCACGGCGAGGAAACAUAUGACCCAGCACGUCCACUGACCGAUGCCCCUACCUUCAUCGUGGACCCCAUCGAUGGAACAAUUAACUUCGUGCACAGCUUUCCAUUUGCCUGUGUUUCACUCGGGUUCGCUGUUGAACGUAUUCCGACGGUGGGAGUGGUGUAUAACCCUUCCACCAAAACCCUUUAUUCCGCUAUUCGAGGCCAAGGCGCUUUUCUCAAUCGCGAAACUCGUCUGCCGCUCAAGGGCGACAAUGUCGAGCCCCUGUCGGGACUAGCCAAUGCUCUCAUUGCCAUUGAAUGGGGUGCGGACCGCAGCGGGAACAACUGGGAGACUAAGCUUCGAACAUAUGAGAAGCUGGGCAAGUCAAAGGAAAACGGGGGUGCUAUGGUGCGCGCAAUGCGGAGCUUAGGCUCUGCUGCGUUGAACUUGUGUGCUGUGGCUGAUGGCACGCUGGACCUGUAUUGGGAAGGCGGAUGCUGGGCCUGGGAUGUCUGCGCGGGAUGGGUUAUCCUCUCUGAAGCUGGGGGUAUCAUGGCGGAUGGUAACCCGGGCGUUUGGGAGGCUCGUCUUGACGGACGAAAGUAUCUUGCCGUUCGGGGUUCUCCGAAUGGGACUGGACAAAAGGAGAUAGUGGAGGAGUUUUGGAGCCAUGUUCAAGGCGAGUUGAAGUACUGA